AUGCUUUACCAAGAAUAAUUAAAAUACUUCUUUAUGAAUAAAAAGCAGAUAAAAUAAGACAAGCUUCUCAAAAAAAAAGUAUUGUAUUAAGAGUACUGGAAAACUAUUUUUAUCUAAUCCAAUAGGGUCAAGGACUAGAUCAAAGAUGGAGACACUAGCACAAAUAUUGUUGAACUUUAAUCAAAAGAGAAAACCAGCCAAAAUAACCAAAGAUAAGAGUAAGGUUUUGAGAAAGUAUUAUCAGAAUAGAACCACAAUCUUAAAUUUCUUAAAAAUGAAAACCCAAUUCAAGAAAAUAGAAUAUUAUAAUAGAAGACUUAAAGUCAGGAAUAAAAUAAAGCUACUCAAACGAAUGGAUAAAUUUAACCUGCUUCAACAAGUGUGGAAACUUAGACCAUCACUCAAAAAAAUACUCAUCUUGAUGCCAAGGAUUCAGGAAAAAAAACUCACUUAGUAGAUGUCAAAAAAGAUAUAAAAUCUGAUAUUAAACCAAUCGAAGGAAAUUAAGUAUCAUCAAGCGCUACAAUUUUGACCUCUUCUUAAGAGGAGUUGCAUUCUAUUAUUAAAACUUAGACUAACUUUGGAAUUAAUAAAUAAUAACAAAGAACUGCUUAAAAAAUUGAAAAACAUUUAAACGAAUGUAAAUAAAUCAAUUCUUAACUCUUACCAGCUUAAUAAUAGAAUAUUAAUCAAUUUGAAGAGAAGUAAGAAUUAAUUUAGGAAAGUCAUGUUAUUCCUUAAAAUUAACCUUAAAUUAAAUAGACCUAGAAGAUUAAAAGUAAUAAAAUGGAUAAAGAAAUUGAUUGUUUGCAAAAAUAAUAAUUGGGAGGCAACUAAAAAUUUGAAAAUUUAAUUCAUGAUUAAAUGUAAAGUCAACCAUAGAAUUCAUCUGAUAGAGUUUAAUAAUUAUCUUAAACUAUUGAUUCAAAAGAAAAUGUCUUAGGAAAUGAUAAUCAACCAUAAAAAGUUAAUUCUCAACAUGAUGUCUUAAAUGAAAAUAACAUCAAGUAAUAGUCUGACUAAAAAGAUCAAGCUAAUGAAUAAAAUGAAUCAGCUGAAAGCGUUACUAGAAAUUAACUAAAAGCUGUUCAUAAGGUUAUGAGAACUUUGAAUGAAAAACUCCAUUAAGAUGAUAUGAAAAUUUAAGUUAUAUGGGAUGAAGUAUUAGCUUAAUCGUCUGAUUUGGUACCUAAUUUCGAGAAAUUUAUCUAAUGCAUUCAAUUCUUGCAUAAACUAGAAAAGGCACAUUUUGAUUCAUAAAAAUUGACUGCUUAAUUAUUGUGA